UCGCGAAUUAUUUGAUUCAAUUACAUUCCUAUGUGGAAAUAAGGAUAAAUAUUUUAUAAAUAUUUGAAUUAUUAUUUUUAUUAUGGAGUUAGGGCUUAGGUCAAAAUUCAACAUGGAGUUUUAUCGCCUCUACCGUCCGGUCCAUAGACUUGAACAGUUGUAUCGUGAGCAGGGCUCGACAGUAGAGAGAGAGCGCUCCAGCGGCAAUGGCGGCGGCAUGCGGCGACCGGUUUGACCUCGUCGUCGUCGGCGCUGGUAUCAUGGGGAGCUGCGCCGCUUACUACGCGGCCAAGCGCGGCCUCCGCGUGCUGCUUCUGGAGCAGUUCGACUUCCUCCACGGCCUAGGCUCCUCCCACGGAGAGUCGCGCACCAUCCGCGCCACAUACCCGGAGAACUACUACCCCUCUAUGGUCCUCGAGGCUCGCUGUUUGUGGGAGGAGGCCCAGGCCGAGGCCGGCUACCGCGUUGUUACCUCCACCGCCCACUUCGACUUCGGCCCCGAGGACAACAAGAGUCUCCAGUCUGUGAUUGACUCCGGUGGCCAUCAUCGAGAGGUUAACAUCCGCCUUAUCGACCGAGGAUCUUCGUCCUCUGUCUUCUCCGGAGUGUUCGCUCUCCCGGAUGGAUGGAUCGGCGUCGUCUCCGACAUCGGCGGCGUCAUCAGGCCGACCAAGGCUGUGGCGAUGUUCCAAGCUCUUGCCCUAAAAAAAGGGGCGAUUCUGAAGGACCGCACCCGAAUAAUCGCGAUCGAGAAGGACGGCGAGAACAGAGAAGGUGUCCGCGUCCGCGCCGCCGGUGGCGAAAUCUUUUUAGGGAGCAAAUGCGUGAUAACAGCAGGCGCGUGGAUGAAGAAACUCGUCAAAUCAGUUACCGAAAUCGAUCUUCCCAUCCAGCCCCUGCACACCACCAUCUGCUACUGGAAGAUAAAAGCAGGGCACGAGGCGGAGUUCACGGCGGAGGGAGGAUUCCCAACCUUUGCCAGCUACGGCGACAGCUACAUAUACGGAACGCCGUCGCUGGAGUUCCCAGGGCUUAUCAAGAUCGCUCUGCACGGCGGCCGGCCGUGCGACCCCGACCGGCGAGACUGGACGGCGAGCAGCUCCGGGGUGAUGGUGGACUCCGUGGGGGAGUGGAUCCGGAAGAUCCUGCCGGGGAAGGUCGAGUCAGGGAAUCCAGUGAUAACGCAGGCAUGCUUGUACUCGAUGACGCCCGACGGCGACUUCGUGAUCGACUUCCUCGGGGGCGAGUUCGGGAAGGACGUGGUGGUCGCCGGCGGGUUCUCCGGGCACGGGUUCAAGAUGGGUCCGGUGGUGGGGAGGAUCGUGGCGGAGAUGGCGAUCGAUGGGGCGGUGGAGGGGUUGGAGAUUAGGCACUUCGGGAUCCGGCGGUUCGCGGAGUGCUCGAGUGGGAACGCCAAGGAGUUCGAGGAGCAAGUGUCUUCUCAUUGAAAUUUCUCAUUCUUCAAGGGUAAAAUUGCAAAUUUUUCUAGGUUUCCUAUUGCACUAUGUUCGUAGCCGUAUUAUAUAUAAUGCAGAUGCGAAUUAUUUUUAUUA